AUGGAGACCAAUGAGCUCAUGUCAUCUGCAGACGAACUACGCAAGGGCCAGGGUGCAAGUCGCAUUCACAGCGCCGAGAUGGGUCAUCCAUUAUCCUGGGGUAUCGUGCCAGACUUGACCCUGGGACACUCCUCGGGCGAAACGGCUGCAGCGUAUGCCUGCGGCGCCCUUACAGCCGAGGCUGCCAUGUUUACUGCAACACGCUGUGGCAUCAGUAACGUUUCUUCUAAUCGGAAGGGAUCCAUGGCAGCUGUCGGGCUAGGGAGGGAUGAAAUACGACCGUACUUGCUUCCUGGAGUGGAUAUUUCCUGUGAAAAUAGCCAAUGCAGUGUCACCUUGUCCGGAGACACGGAGGGGGUUGAAAAGGUGAUGGAGAAACUGAAGACCGAUCAACCCGGAGCAUUCGCUCGUAUGCUCCGGGUCGAGAAAGCAUUUCAUUCCCAUCAUAUGUGCGAGUACGGACCUUCCUAUGAAGAGCAGCUCAAGCCUGUCAUUCGCAGCGUCGAGCCCGAGAUAGCAUUCUAUUCCUCUGUCACGGGCGAUCUUCUGACAGGUCAUGGAAAGCUUGAAGCAUCAUACUGGCGUGCGAACAUGGAAAGCCCUGUUCUGUUCAACUCGGCGCUUCGCUCAGCGCUUCGUAAUGAAGAUGGAAAGGUGGUACUGAUUGAGAUUGGACCUCAUCCUGCGCUGGCUGGCCCUAUCGGCCAAAUCCUGAGGGAUAUUGGACGCUCAGACGUUCACGUCGGUACACUUUUUAGGGGGAAAAGCAGCAAGGAGAGUCUUCUUCAUGUCGCUGGAAAGCUCUACCAGCAUUCGGUACGGUUAGAUCUCUCUGUGGUUUGCCCACCAGGCAAGUUCCUCAGGGAUCUUCCACGCUACUCCUGGAAGCAGGACUUAAGCCAUUGGGGAGAGCCCCGCGUUUCGCGAGGCUGGAGGUUCCGGGAGCAUCCGCCCCAUGAACUCCUCGGAAACAGGGUCGUGGAGACGGGAAGCGAGCCCUGCUGGAGAAAGGUUCUUGCACUCGAAGAUGCACUUUGGUUGACAGGCCACGAGGUGAACGGCCAAGUUGUGUUUCCUGCUGCUGGCUCACCCUGGUAUGAAUUCACUAUCACCUCCUUUGACGGAACGGGAUGGGUCAGCAACUGCCACGGCGAAGCCAUGGCAUCAACGGACACGUCAUUCUAUGUCGACACUGGUGUUCCAGGUGCUGCUCCGUAUCCGCGAAAGGUAGACGAGAAGGAUUGGUACAGCAUUCUUAGACGAGUUGGAUUCAACUACACUGGAUUAUUUGAGGGAAUGAAAUACGUCUCGGCCGCUACUACCUCGAGCCAAGCGAAGGCCACGGUGGCAAAUCAAAUUCAAGGGGCGGCUUCUGACGGUGCAAGAUGCUCAACAUAUUCCUUACACCCUGCAGUCAUCGAUCAAUGUUUCCAGCUCUUCACCGUUGCCGCGUGCCGCAGACUCAGGCGCAAUACUAGCCAACUGGCUGUGCCAACCUUCAUCGAAGAGAUGGUUAUCUCCCCCAGCGCCCUGGGUUUGGAAGUCACGGCCAAGAUCAACAGUUUGGAUGAGUUAGGGUCCUGGACGGGAGACGUCGUGGCGCACGGUGCUGAAAGACCCGUUCUGAGUCUGAAAGGAAUGAAGACCUCGGUCCUCACAAGGAGCUCGACAGAAGACGACCAAGUGCCUCUGAUUACGCAACUCGAUUGGAAACCACACAGUGAUUUUGUCGGCGCCGAAACUGGAUUGCAUCCGCGUGUCCCACGCCGGAAGGAGUGGCCCCUACUGGAGGAACUCAUCAUCCUGUGCAGUUUCGACCGCCUGGAACGAAUAAAGACGAACGACGAAACUCCGGAGCAUCUUUUCAAGUCCUUGAACUGGAUGCGACGCCACACGGAGAAAUAUCAGUCUGGGGCGAACGUUCUGAUCUCUAAAGACCGGGAUCUUCACCAUCUAAAUCACGAACAAAGACUCGCUAGGAUUAACGCGAUAGUGGCCGAGCUUUCAGACUCGCCCGAUGCCGUCUUCUCAACGGCAGUCCAUCGUCUGUUUGUCGAGGCGCCUGCCAUAUUUGCCGGGGAAACACAUGCCCUGCACGUGCUUUUGCCAGACAAUGUCCUCAGCAACUUCUACUAUUCCAUGUCGUUCGACUCAGCCGACGCGAUCCGGCUCAUGGCGAACACAAACCCUCAUUUGCGAGUUCUCGAGGUGGGCGCAGGCACUGGUGGUACCACGGCCAGAGUGCUUCAAGCGCUCACAUCCCCCUAUGGAGAGCGUCUAUACAGUUGUUAUUCGUAUACCGAUAUCUCAGCGGGUUUCAUGGCGGCCGCGAAGGAGCGAUUCGCCGGUGCUGAAGGCAUGGAGAUCAGCGUCUUGGACAUUUCCAAAGAUCCUGCUGAACAGGGAUUCCAGCUCGGCAGCUACGACCUGAUCAUCGGGGCUAAUGUAGGGUCUCUUUUUCUAUGCAAUCUUCUUAGUCCUGGUGGGCGUUUGUUUUUAGAAGAGCUUUGCCCGGAUUCCAUGUUCAUGAACUACGUUAUGGCCUUCCUUUCAGGCUGGUGGCUCGGCGCAGAUGACAACCGCGUGGAACAGCCAUGGAUCUCGCCAGAACGCUGGACCAAAGAAUUAGUUGCUGCAGGAUUCCAGGAGCCUGAAGCCAUCGUUCUCGAUUCUGCUGCGCCAUAUCACCUCAGCGCUGGCAUCAUGGUCUCGCGCGAGAGUCGGAGGACUACACCCUCGAGAGUGACGCUAUUGUGUGUCGCAUCUGACGGGCCUUAUGUUUCUGAGAUGCGCCGCUGUCUCGAAGAGUUGGACGUGGUUGUGGACAUCUGCCUCUUCGGUCAGCCUCUGCCCGCUUGCGACACGAUUUCGCUUGUGGACCUCCAAGAACCUGUUCUCCACAACAUGUCAGAAGAAACAUUCAAAACGAUGAUUGGAUACUUGCAAUCGCACAAGGAAAAGAUGGUUUGGGUGACCCAGGCCUCCCAGGUUAACUGUGAAGACCCCCGGGGGGCCAUGAUGCUUGGCCUCGCCAGAACGGCUCGCAACGAGUACUCUCGGGAGUUUCUCACCAUUGAAAUCGACGGCACCACGACACCGCCAACCGCCACUAAAGCCAUAACCGACAUCUUACGCAGGGCUCACACUCCCCACGUGAACCCCAAAUCUACGGAUCCUGACUACGAAUACGCCAUAGUAGAGGGAAAGAUCCUCGUUCCACGACUUCACUGGCAGACAAUGACCCAUGCAUUCGCGGGAAUUAAUGGUAAAGAGACUCGUAAUGGCACGCUCAAGCACCUUACCAUGACGACUCCGGGUCUUCUGCAUACGAUGAAGUGGAGCGACCAAAAAAUCAAAAGUCCUGCGGAGGGUGAGAUUCUCGUCGAGACAAAGGCAGUCGGCCUCAACUUCCGAGAUGUUGUUCUUGCCCUCGGUAUCGUCCAAGGUAACCCCAGCGAGAUGGGCUUUGAGGCUAGUGGCAUCGUUCGGGCGGUAGGGCCCGGGGUCCAACGCUUCUCGGUUGGUGAUAGAAUCAUGUGCCUGGGCGACGGUUGCUUUGCGACGCAUAUUACCCUGCAGGAGUCUAUGUGUGUCAAAAUUGACAGUUCAAUGAGUUUCAUCCAAGGAGCUACGGUGCCCUGUGUUUACGCCACCGCUCUCAUGGCAUUGGUUGGAAUGUCGAAUCUACAAAUGGGGCAGUCCAUUCUUAUCCACGCGGCUUGCGGCGGUGUUGGCCUGGCGGCAAUUCAAAUAGCGCAGAUAAUUGGUGCAGAAAUAUACUGCACAGUUGGCAGCGAGACCAAACGAAAGUAUCUCAUGGACAACUACGGCAUUGAUCCAAGCCAUAUCUUCACCUCUCGUGAUCCGUCAUUCCUACCCGAAGUGAUGCGCGCUACCAAGAAUGCUGGUGUCGAUGUGGUGCUCAACUCGCUAUCGGGCGACCUCCUACAUGCGUCGUGGAAGUGCGUCGCAGAAUUUGGCAUCAUGGUCGAGAUCGGAAAGCGAGAUUUCCAACGACGAGCCAAGCUAGCCAUGGAGAUGUUUGAAGCGAAUCGAACUUUUAUCGGCCUCGACCUUCGCGGGCUUUCUCAGUCCCGCCCAGCAAGGGCUGCCGAGUUGCUGGACCGCUGUGUCGAGCUGAUUCGUUCAGGCGCCAUCAGGGGCCCAACCAUCUCUGGGACCUUCCCUGCCGCCGAGAUCCAGGACGCCUACAGGACCAUGCAGGCGGCGAAGCACAUUGGUAAGAUUGUCGUCGAAAUGCCUGAUGGCCCGCGAGAUCUAGACUCAGAGCAAGGAGGCAAGUCUGUCAUGGAAUCAGUCGGGUUCAAGCCGACGCCACUUUUUCGCUCAGACCGCAGCUACUUGCUCGUAGGCGGCUUAGGCGGCUUAGGGAGAGCUGUCGCCACAUGGAUGGUGGAACACGGUGCUCGAAAUCUGGUCUUUCUAUCCAGAUCUGCCCAAGAGGGACCUGAGAUACAAGGCUUCUUAGCGGACCUACGCUCCCAAGGCUGUCAGGUGCUGUUAGUUGUCGGUAGUGUCAGCAGCAUGGCUGAUGUACAGACCGCUGUAGACACUGCUACUGCCGCCCAGCCGAUCGCGGGAGUUAUCAACCUGUCCAUGGUAUUGAAGGAUGUCGGGCUUUCCGAGAUGACAUUCUCAGACUGGACCGCAGCCGUGGAACCCAAGGUCAAGGGAACGUGGAACCUACAUUACGCCACCGUCUCGUCUCCCCUGGAUUUCUUCCUAUUGUUCUCUUCGCAGAGUGGCCUGAUCGGCCUGUGGGGCCAGGCCAACUAUGCAGCAGCCAACACGUUCCUCGAUGCCUUCGUGCAAUACCGACACCGAAACGGUCUUGCGGCUUCGGUCAUCGAUGUCGGUCUCAUGGGAGAUGUAGGUUAUGUCUCAGGGAACAACACCAUACUAAAGAGCCUCGAAAUAACCGGCAUGUACAUCCUGCGGGAGCAGCAUCUCCUCGAUGCUAUCAUUUUAGCCCUGAAGAGGUCUAGGCCUUCGCAUGCAUCUAGUGACACCAACAUGAGUUAUCAAUGCCUUGGUCAGGUGGUUCUUGGGCUCAAUAUUACAACUCCGAUAUCAUCUCCCUCGACCCGAGUUACCUGGAAGCGCGACGUGCGCAUGAGCAUCUACCAUAACCUAGAAAAGUCGACCGAGACAUCCAACAGCGGCAGUUCGUCCGGAGGUAACACGCUGAAAAGCCUCCUCGUGGCCGAGCAGUCCGAAGAGGAAAAAUCAGGUGUCAUUGCCAAAGCCCUCGCGGUGGCGCUCGCCAACUUUCUGAUUAAGGAUGAGGACAGCUUCCCCCUGGACCGGCCCCUUGAGAGCCUCGGCAUGGGCUCGCUAGUUGCUAUGGAGGUGCGGAACUGGAUCCGGCAGCAGGUUGGCGUUGAGAUCAGCACGUUUACUAUUAUUCAGAGCCCUUCGUUCACGCACCUAGGAGAUAAUAUCAGACAGGCCAUGGCUGGUGAAGGCAAAACAUGA